GGCAGCGCGGCGGAGGCGGGUCGCGGUGGCAGCAGACGCAGUUCCCAGCCGCAUCCCGGGGAGGUGAAGCGCGCAGAGCAGCGCCCGGAAAGCGACAUGGCUUUGUUAGUAAAAACCGUACAGUUUACCCAGUGAAGUUAUGAAUGUGAUCCCUGUAUAUGCAGAGCUGACCCACACCAAAUAUACAUGUCUUUGGACUAUUUUUAAACCCACUGCCCUCACUGACUGACAGUGCUUCGGUAUGAAGGCAUUAUGGAAAUCAGAAAGGAACAAAGAUUGAGGGCUGUAAAACAGCUAGAUUUUAAAGCACUCUGCAAGAUUAAUCACCAUGGGGAGGUACCGGAUAACCUGCUGGAUAGUCAUCCUUUUUGUUGUGAUGUGGAGCGACGUUUCCCUUUCCAAAAAAGGAAAGGGUAAAGGUAGAGGCGGUGGGAACACAGGAAGCAAUCCUGGCUAUCCCAGCAACCCUGGCUAUCCCAACAACCCUGGCUAUCCCAGAAACCCUAGCUACCCCCAUAAUCCUGCCUACCCCCCCAAUCCUGCCUACCCCCCCAAUCCCGUCCACCCCCCCAAUCCCGGCUAUCCCAGGAACCCUAGCUACCCCCACAAUCCCGGCUACCCUGGUGGUGGUGGGCAGCACUACAACCCAGCUGGUGGCGGAACAAACUUCAAAAACCAGAAGCCCUGGAAGCCUGAUAAACCCAAAACCAACAUGAAAGCCAUGGCAGGAGCAGCAGCGGCAGGCGCCGUGGUGGGUGGCCUAGGUGGCUACGCCCUGGGAAGUGCAAUGUCAGGAAUGCGCAUGAAUUUUGACCGUCCUGAUGAGCGCCAGUGGUGGAACGAAAACUCCAAUCGCUAUCCCAACAGAGUGUACUACAAGGAAUACAACGACCGCUCCGUUCCAGAGGGAAGGUUUGUGCGGGAUUGUGUGAAUAUCACAGUGACCCAAUACAACAUUGAUCCCAAUGAAAAUCAAAAUGUGACCCAGGUAGAAGCCAGAGUCAUGAAGCACGUGAUACAGGAGAUGUGCCUGGAGCAAUAUCAGCAAUACCAGCUGGCCUCUGGUGUCAAACUACUCUCUGACCCCUCGCUCAUGCUGAUCAUCAUGCUUGUCAUUUUUUUUGUAAUGCAUUAAGCAAGCAGUCUCAACCUGAACUGUGCUGCUGAUCUGUGCAAAUGUUCAGAGGGAAUAAUCUAUAUAAAACAGCCUUUCUGUGGAGGUCUCUCAUUUUUGCUUGUGUUUAUCUUAGGUGAAGUAUCUUAAGAUCUGUAAUAGUAUCAAUAAUGUACCAUAGAGACACAGGCUGACAGUGUAUAGCUCUCUCUUCAAAGCUAUCUCUGAUUAUACACCUACUGUCCAGAAUUAAAAUUGAACCAGACUUCAAAUGGAAAGAAAAGUCAAUCUGUUAGCUCCACAUUUGUUCUAGUGCAAUAGACCUUAAAAGCCAAUACAAAUCAGUUAAUACUGACAUAGUGACCUUGUGAUCACACAAGAAAGUGGCCUUCACCAAAAUGCCCUCUUCCUCAAAUCCAUUCUUUAAACCCUGGUAUGGAUAGGAUCCAUCUGAUCACACUCAUCUUCCCUCCUCCAAACUAGACCACUUUUGAGAGCUGUUUUUUCCAUUUCACUACACUAUUGGACUUUUUCCUCUCCAGCUCGUCUAAUUAAAGACUUCAGACUGUUGUCUGGCUUCACAAGCGCUCCUGAGUCAUCUAGGCUGAGCAAGUUGCAAAGGCAGAAUACUUAUGAAAAUCCUCUUGAGAGAUAAUUGGUGUCUUAGCUAAUGGCACUAAAUAAUACCAAAUGGUACCAAUCCAUAACUUGGAGACACCACAGUUUUUGGGACAUCCACAAUCCAAGUUCAAAUUACAAGUUAAUUUUGUGACCUAGAGUACGUACCAAGUAUGUCAGACAGUUUUUCCUGCCUGUCUGUGGCUUGUGAAGUGAGACCCUUCCAUUGUUAGGCUGUAUUUUGUACCAUUAGAUCACCUUUUUGUACUUGAGAGUAUCCUCUCUAAGCACGUGUACGUAGUGGCAUUCCAUCCAUUUAACAAUUUGCCCAUUGCAAAUGUUCCAGCAGAAUAGGCUAGCUUUGGAGGCCAAGAGUCAGCCUAAGAUGGCAGCCUGCCAAACGCCAAGGUUUCAAGGAGAAGGCCUAGGAUUGUUAAGUUUGGGUAGAGUAUCCUUUUAGUUGUACAGUAAUUGACUUGGAAUGUUUAAAGGAGACAAAUGGCUGAUGAAGGUGUAAAUAGCUGCUACAAUAACACUUGUUUCAUAGUUGUCCUCACAAGGAAAAGCAAUUCUGCCGAUGCAGUAAAAGGUGCAUGGUUUCAUUCAUGGCUAUAUUGUCAGAGUUUCCCUGACAAUAAAGUUUUCCCCUUCACCGAGCUGCAUUCACACAAACUGUUGACUUCAUUGGAAGUUGUGCAUGACAUACUUCUGGGGGCAAGAUUUGGCUUUUAAAGACUCAUCUAAAGCCUAUUGGAGUCAGUGGAAAGGCUCCCAUGGAUCAGGCACUAAAUCAGUAAAACUUGCAUUACACUUACUUCAGCAACUUGAUCAAGUUAGAGCAAGCAACAUCAGUUAACAUUAUCCUGACACAGACAGUCAAAAUGCUGGAAACCAUCUUUUGGAAGCAACUAAUCCUGGCUGACGCAUGCUUAAUACCCUAAUUAUUAUGGUAAUUGAUGGGGUCAGUUACAGCUAAUCUGCAUUUUGAUUGUCUUGAUGAUGCAACUGUGUUGUAUAUAAUGUGUAGUAUAUGUAAAGGUUACGCUUAUUGCAAUUACCAUGCCAAAUAUUUAGUAUACUGUAUAUUGCAUCAAGGCACUGAAUGACUAAAACAAACAAGCACCCUUAAUUAUUUCUGCUUCAAUGUAAGUUGAAUGGAUAUAUUAUGAAACUGUUAAAAAUUCACACCAUAAAGACAGGACUUGGAAGUCACAUGUAGUUUGUGAUGUGAGAACAUUUUGUAUAUUUGUAAUGGUGCAUGUACUUAACACUGACGUUCAAAUCCUUUUAUAAAUGUUUGAUGUCUGGUAAAAAUUAAACAGACACAGCAAAGGCUCAA